AUGACCCUCUCAGCGCUUUGGCUGGUGUUGUUCUACUGGACAGUGCUGCACUCCCCCAGUGACUGCAGUACUUUAACCAAAGCCGACCUGCAAGAACUGGAGAACAUCAACACCUGGGUCAUUACCCGCAGCUUUCCCUGCAGUGCCACCUGUGGGCUUGGCCUCCGAACUCAGGAGCUCUGCCCUAUUGGUGGUACCAGAAACUUCUCCACUGCAGCAUGCAAGCUGCGAACUAUCCGCUGCCUAGAAACCUGGCAGUGCGGACUGAAGACCCAAACGACGAUUGCUGGUCAGCGGCUUGAGCUUGACUGUCUAGAAGAAGUGAUGGAAACCAUAGGUCGCUUUGCCUUUGUGGUGUCUUGGCGCUUUGCACGUGGAGUGGUCACAUCUGACAACUCACUGUUUAUCCGUUAUGAAGCUCUGAGUCUGGACAAGGUGGUGCUAGACCCUCUCAGAGAAGAGGAUUCCGGGACAUAUCGUUGUGAUGUACUGGACACUGGUAAACGAAGAGUGAAAAGAAUGUACAAUGGAGUGAAGGUGUUAUCUCCCAACAUGCUUAGUUUGGACUUUACUAAAGGUCUGAUUCAGUGGGAAACCCCUGAGAGUCUGUGGCCUAACAUAACCACAAGAAACCCGUAUCCAAGCAGCACUGUCCGCAACAUGGUGCUGGUAAGCCUGUCCAUAUCAGUUGCAAUGACGGUGGUCAUCUUUCUACUCUUGUGGGCUUUUUACAGAAAAAGACCAGCUCAACUUCUCCAUGACAGUUUAUAA